AAUAGUCGUGUUGCGCGAUUCAGUACACACGUCGCGGUGCAUCCGUGUCGCAUCUUUGGCUUCUCUUCUGAGAGUUCUGUUACGUUCGAGGUGUCCAGCUUGCCGAUUGAACUAGGUCGCCGUUGUUUACCUGUUUGAGGUGUCGCCGCCUACUGUGGCUGUGGCGUUUGUCGAAGACCGCGAAGCGAUCCGGAUCGAUACGACGCGUCCAAUCGAUGUUUACACAGUGUAUCGUACACCUAGCUGUUCCAGCCGAGUUAAUACGCUGAUUUCGCAGUAUAUUUCGCAUGCACACUGGUUUCGUUGUAGAGUGGGUUAUUUGCGUUGUGUUUACAGUCGGAUAAUCGACACCGUGAACGCCUGGUACAAGAAGAGGAUUGUCAGAACGUUUCUAAUGGUGUUGGUUGCAUCGACCACAGUUUGUACGUACAAAGUGUCCAGCAGUAAUAAACUUCAUAAAAGGACAAGUGUCAAUCGAUUGCCGAAUACAACCAACUGCGCAUGAAUGGAUCUGUACGAGAUGAUUAGGCCGAGCCGAGAUCAACGCACAAUCGCCAAAAUCGUAAUCAGCGGAAUACCGCAGCACGCCAAAUUCGAUGACAUCGAGCCGCUGUUGAAGCCGUACGGCAAGGUCGAACACUGCGACGCCGUCACCAGCAAGGACCCGACCACGCAAACCGUCCAUAUCACGUUCGAAAAUCACGAUCAGGCACAGAGAGCGGUAUCCGGCCUGAACGGGAUCGACUUUGAGGGUUCGAAGCUGCUGGUGGAACUGUUCGAGACCAAAGUGGCGCGGCGAAGUGCGCGGGCACGCUCGCAGUACGCCGGAAUGCCCGGCGGCGGCGGCCCCGGUCGCCAGACGGACUUCCCGCUGCGGCUGCUGGUGGCGUCGGAGAUGGUCGGCGCCAUCAUCGGCCGCCAGGGCAGCACGAUACGACAAAUCACCCAGAACAGCCGGGCCCGCGUGGACGUGCACCGCAAGGACAACGUCGGUUCGCUCGAGAAGGCCAUCACAAUCUACGGCAACCCGGAGAACUGCACAAGCGCGUGCAAACGCAUCCUGGAGGUGAUGCAGCAGGAGGCGAACAACACAAACAAGGGUGAAAUCUGUCUCAAAAUCCUCGCUCACAACAACCUGAUUGGACGCAUCAUCGGCAAAAGUGGGAACACGAUCAAGCGAAUAAUGCAGGACACCGACACGAAGAUCACGGUCAGCUCGAUCAACGACAUCAACAGCUUUAACCUGGAGCGCAUCAUCACCGUCAAGGGUUCGAUCGACAACAUGUCCCGGGGCGAGAGUCAAAUCAGCGCCAAGUUGCGCCAAAGCUACGAGAACGACCUCCAGGCGCUGGCCCCGCAAAGCAUAAUGUUCCCGGGACUGCACCCGAUGGCGAUGAUGUCGACGGCCGGCAACGGAAUGGGCUUCGCCGGACGUUCCGGCAUGUACCCGGGCUCCAGCUAUCCGAUGUAUCAACCGCCGACCGCACCCGGGGUGCCGCCGGGGUCCAGUGACGUCCAGGAGACCACAUACCUGUAUAUUCCAAAUAACGCCGUUGGUGCUAUCAUCGGAACCAAAGGAUCGCAUAUUCGUAAUAUCAUAAGAUUUUCCGGUGCUUCCGUCAAGAUCGCCCCACUCGAGGCGGACAAACCGCUGGAGCAGCAAACCGAGCGCAAAGUUACCAUCGUCGGCACGCCGGAAGCCCAGUGGAAGGCCCAGUAUCUGAUCUUCGAGAAGAUGCGGGAAGAGGGCUUCGUGUCCGGCACCGACGACGUGAGAUUAACCGUGGAGAUCCUGGUGCCGAGUGCGCAGGUGAGUGUCGGACGCAUCAUCGGCAAGGGUGGCCAGAACGUGCGGGAACUGCAGCGGGUCACCGGAAGCAUAAUCAAACUGCCCGAGCACACGGCCGCGACGCCCGUGGACGAGGAAACCACCGUGCACAUCAUCGGUCCGUUCUUCAGUGUUCAGUCUGCCCAGCGGCGCAUCCGCACGAUGAUGCUGGCGACGAAUCCCCCGCCGGCCACGAACCGACAGAAGUCGUCCAAGGGCAAGGAAACUCCGACCUCGUCCGCACCAGCCACGCCCGCCGCCCCUCCCUCGUCGAGUACAAACGCAUAAUCAAAAGCUGAAACUGUAACUGCAACAACAACUACAACUACUACCACAACAAACAAAACAAUUGCAAUCGCACCACCAGCAUCAUCAUCAUCAUCGUCCCUACCGGAAGUGCGACCGCAAAAAUCCGUUACAGAAAGGUCAAACUAUCAACAAUAUCUGGAGCAGCAGCAGCAGCAUCAACAGGAGGAGUCCGCAAUUGGGAGGUAAAAUCAGUCCUUUUUAUUGAUAAAUCAAGUAAGAAAAAGAAGCCUCAGGAAUACAACUAAAACACACACACUAGAAGAGUAAACCAACACACUCAAGUAGAGCCAACGUAUCGCCUCUCAGGUCAGCUAUCUAGACAAAAUUAAGCAGCAAAAUUUAAACCCCCAAAACAAAAUAACAAAAAAAAUAGCAUGCACCACUAGUAAAGCACGAGUACCCCUGCUAGGAGGAUCGUGUGCGUACAUUUUUCGGCAGCAAAAAAUAUAUAUCCACACAUCCAAAAAAAAAUUCGGUUCCCGCGUAACCCUCUCGAACCACUUUCGGUCAAGUUUUCUUAAAUAUUUAAAAUUUACACAUUCCUCAAUUUUUCGGCACGAUUUCCUUGCAAGAUAAGCAACCUUCGAUGGCGUUCAAAAAUAUAUAUUUGCUCUACUUUUUUUUUCGGGAGAAUCAGUUGUAGAAACAAGCUGGAAAUGUUUUCCGUGUAGGCACUAAAAGAAGAAGCUACAAAACACUACUUUGAAAGGAAACCGCAAAUCAAAGAAUAAUUACCAUUAUAUCUGGAGCCGGCAGGAGACCGUUAAAUUUUUGUCUGUACAUAUAUUAAGCUAAAAAGAAGAAGAAAAAUCUAGGUUGUAAAAUUCUUUACUGUGCGAGAAUCAAUAGUGUGCAAAAAAAAACAAACCAACAAACAACAUCAAACAAAGUUGCACUUGUGUAUUCUCUUUUCUUUUCGGAAGAAAACAAAAAACACUGAGAGAAAAAGAGAUUUUAUUCUCUCGUGCCGAGAGAGAAAGAUUCCAACGUUAAAGUUCCUCUUUUGGACGGGCCAAGCUAUAUUUACCACGUGCACGUGAGAGAAAAACAAAAUUUGAUACACGAAGCUUUUUUAAGCCCAAACGCGCGCGAGCGUGCCAAGAGCGAGAGAUGCGAGAGAGAGAAACGAGAGCGCGCGACUUUUGCGACGACGAGGAGAGAGUUCGGUCGCGUGGGUUGCUUUGAUGGUGUGCGUGACUAGAGUGACGUCACCCCACCACAUUGAAAUGCACGUGGCCGGCGAACCAUUUGAAUGCCUUAAGAUUUCGGUGCUGAAGAUGUGUAUGAAACUCGAGUAGUAGUGACCAGAAUGUUGCCAACAAUGUUAUGAAAAGGUGGCAAAAAGGGAAUAGAGGCGUUUCUCAGUCAAAACAAAAUCACCGUUUCGGAAGCAGAUUCAACAGAUUCAAAAUUUUAUGGUUCGGACAACAGCUACCACAAUACCUCAGAGUAAGUGCAUUAGUCGACGAUGGAGAACACUAAAGCAGUAGAAAUGUCGCACUUUUUCAUACAAACAGUGGAACAAUGCCGUAAAGAAAGCCUACAACUAAUUUAGGGUAGCCAAUAAAUGACCAACAAGCAACGAAAGCCCGCUCAGUGCCAUUCUUUUCACACUGGGUGCGGCUAUUGUUUACUAUCCUAUUUUUAAAAUGAGAAAAACGUGUUUCGUGAGAGAGCUUGUGUGUUCUCUCGCGCUCACACUCACACAGUUACAACCAACCGCCGUAUACACAGUAACAAAUGCAAAAGUUUUGUUUUUAAAACGUUUCAACUUUACAAACACUGAUGGUGCAUUAUUCAAUUUUUAUUAACUUGUUGUUGAGCAUACUUGUUGAAUCCUAUAUUUCCUAUACAAACUAUUUUCCCCCUUAGGACCUCCUUCCGCCUUAAGCGUUGUUUAUUAACUUUGUUUUAACUUUUUUGUUUAAAUACAAGCGAGACAAACUCACCAACACACACACUCAUAUAGAAACCACAGAACAAUCAAUAUCUGUAAUAGAGAAGUACCUCAAACGCAUACACAACAGAAAUCAAAAUAGUUUACUUGUUUUUUUCCACACACCUUCAAUCUACAUAGUUAGUAAAUAAAAAAUCAAUAAACAAUAGUUCUUGCGAAACAAUCACACUCACACCUCACUCACGCAUUAGCUGACUAGUACAAGAGUUCUGUUACACUGUUACAAAGUUCUUAAUUCUAUCCCCCCAGCAGCACCUUUAAAAUGCAAAAAUCCUCAGUUAUCAAAGUAGGCGUUGCGCGAGCAAAAGUAGAGCGCGCCAUCUUUUGUUUUCGUUACCACAUGGUUCGGUUUGGUCUCCCCGCAAUCCCACACUUUUUCUUCCCAAUUUUUCCCCAACCCUGAGCGGAGCUAUUGCUAGUGGCGUCACGUUCCAGCCCUGCGUUUGACAGCUAGCUUACCAUUAGAUGUGAAGCACCUAGAAGAAUUCUGACAGUGACAUAACCAAACUUUCUGGAAACCUCCAGCAAACGUCAAACCAGUGCAAAUUUCAAAACAAAUGACUCAAAACGGACGCAACGUAAACAAAACGCUUAUGCCGCUCACACUCCUUGUGGACUUUCACUGGAGUGAGAAGGGUAGACUGUUUGUUUACAUUCAAGGUGACGUCCUUUGGAAUUGUUUGUUCCGAGUUCAUCCCGCUCCCUCUGGUGAAUGUUUACAGAAGAGAUCCGGAAAAAGAUUCAGCAGCAAGUUUGUACUGGUUUGAUGUUUAUUAAGAAUGCAGAAAAGUGAGGUUAUGUCACUGCUUGCAUAGAGCUUUAUGACGUUUCGCGUACACACACUAGCGCACUAUUUGAUUUUGCUGGCCGGACAAAAUUUAACCUCACUUUUUUUUCGUGUACGUACACGCAAUACAUACGCACGUAGAUUACUCUAUAGUCAAAGUGGUUGACUGCUAAAAGUAAGCUAGCUGUCAAACGCAGGGUUGAAUUUCGCCCCCCUCCAUAGCUCCACUUCCUAGGGCUUUUGUUAAUUUGAUUUGGUUAACCGCGGUGGAUUUUCUUGAAAUAAUUCGAACUGUCAAAAAUCAACCAAAACAUCUACCACAUUGAUCACACAAAAAACUGUGGUAGAAAAGUAUCAACCGGUAGAUCCUUUGGUGGAUUUUUGACAGUUCGAAUUAUUUCAAGAAAAUCCACCGCGGUUAACCAAAUCAAAUUAACAAAAGCCCUCCUGACUAGGGAGGCAACUUCCGACGGAGUAGGGUCAGAUUUAGUAGUAUGAUAAAAUAAACUAAAAUAAAUCUAAAACGGUAUGAUUUUUCAAAACGAAACAUUUUUGGCGAACGAAAAAAAAGCAAAACUUUCUGGCAUGGCAGUGACACACAAAAUUGACAAAUCUCUCGGCAGCGCAAAAUUUUAACGUAAAACAAAAACAAAACACAGUUGGACACACUGGGCAAAAUCAGCACGUGUUUUUGGCACAAAGUAAACUUUAAUUUAUGAUUUCGGAAACUCGUACGGGGGUUUUCAGAGAGGGUUAGCAUUUCUUUUUUGCUGGAUCGAGCAGGAAAGAAGAAGAUGAGGAAACCAAUUUUGGAGGUAGGAUACAGCACACACGCAGACAAAACAGACACUCACCCAGACGUGAAACUUGUGAAGCGAUCAAAAUUCAAAAUUUUACCGAACAUGACGAUUAUUAACAUUCAACCUAAAAAAAUGACUGCUUUUUCACACACAAAAAAAUCAUUGACUGAAAUGAAAGAAAAAAUUAAAAACUAAAAGAAGUAAGCAAAACAUGCGUCUCGAACGCAUGGAAAAAAACUAAAAAACGUAAAAAGCUAGGCCAUAGAUUCGCACAUUAUUGGUGCGAAUUGUGCGGAUAAAAUUUAUUUGACAAGUUUAUUGUCGGGGAUAAGAUUAAAAUGAUACUAAAGAAUGUGAAACAUACACACACACAAAGCUAAACACACACGAAGAGUGAAAACCCAAGUGAAGUUAUCUAUUAAGGUGAAAACAAAACAAAAAAAUCGGAGAAUGAAAUUUGGUGGUAAAACAUGAGAAAAGUGACUAAAAUCAAUUGUUAGAUUUUUUUAUUAUAUAUAUUAUAUUGAAAAUAUACUAUAUAUAUUUAAAAUGGUAAAGAGAGAAAAAAAAAAACAAAAAGAAGAAAAAGAUAUUUAGCUAACAAAUUUAAUAUUUAUUAAAUACUAGAGGCUAUAAUAUCGUUGAAUAUUUGUAAAAAACGAACCUUGAUGAGAGAAAAAGGUCAAAAUUGAAUUUAACUUAAGAAGUAUUUUAUUUUCCUAUUUUUUAUUAUUUUCGUAAUAUUUUGUUUAGGUUUUGUUGUUUACUUUUUGUAAAAAAGAGCAUGAAGCGGAAGCGGAAGAAAAAAACCAGAGGUUAAUGCGUUAUUUAGUUGUGCCAAGCAAAGAGCGAAAGAGAGAAAAAGCUGGUUUGACAAACUCCACCAAAAGUCAAACCGAAGCGAAAUCGAAUGGAUUUAAUGGGUUGUGAUAUAUGAAACAAGCAAAAAAUUGCGGGAGAACUAACUCUAAUUUUGAACUGUUGAAAAAAAUGCAGCAAAUUAAAAAAACACACAAACAAAAAAAAAUAUCGCUGAGUGCCGUCAGAUGGAGACGCCACAGAGCGGUUUUUCGAACCCAAAUUUCAAUCAAAGCAACCUACAAUGCUUACUAUUUUGGCUGGCUUUAUUCAAACUUCAAUCACAAUCGAAAGCAAAGCAAGCCUUGGAGUGUUCCAUCUGAAAAUUACACCUUGUUUAUGUUUCUUGCAACAGUGAAAAAGCAAUUUCAGAACAACAUUCUUCUAAAAUAUGCAAACAAUAGUUCAUUUUGAUGUUUUGUUGCAUACUUGUUCUUUUGAACUUCGACAUCUGAAUACAAUCAAGUUCCUGUGAGAUUUCUGGAAAUUAUUUCAAACAACUAUAUCAAAACGCAUUUCAACUUUUUGAAAUGUUGGGAAACAAUUUUAAAAUUUCUUUUUUGAAGCUUCAAUGAAAAAAUAACCAAAUCAUACACAAAACACUCAAACAAAUCUAACAUUUUUGGGUACAAAACGAAAAGUACAAAUGCAAACCGACAAAAGACUAACGAAAAACUUGAGUUCAAACGGCUUUUGCGUUCGAUGAUUUUAUACAAAAAGAAUCCAUUCAACAACAGCAGCAAAAACAACCGAAAACGCAGCAAAAUCGAAGUAAAUGAAACGAAACUGUAUCAUCAAUUGGCAGAGCAAGACCACAAACGAACAACUGAAAGCAGCAACCAACCGGCAGAAGAACAGAAAAGAAGAGAAUGAAUCUAAACAUAAAAUAAACAACAAAACAUAGCCACUUAUCUAACAACAAAAAAUCUAACAAUGAUGACGAAGAAUGUUUAUUCCCCGUACAAUAUGUCAAAACACAAGAUCAACUCCGUAGCCCAGAAAGAAAACAAAUGGACAUGGCAACAACAACAACAAUUGGCAAAAACUAAACAAAUUUGAUGAAAACGUCUAAUCGAGAAGAAAUCAACAAAAACUGACAUGAAAGAAAUAACAGAAUCAAUCAAAGCACACAUUGACAUGUAUAAACUUACACUUCACAAUGUUGGAUAUAACAAACAAUUUGGAAAACAAAUCUAAAAAUACCCCCCAAAAACAAAUGAAAAAAAAAAACUCACAAAUAAUAAUCGUAGCAAGUUUUGGCCCCUUAUUUGCACAUCUUUAGGAUUAACAAACAAAAAUAUAGAAGAAGAAAAAACACACUCGCUUUUGGCAUAUUAUGAUGAGAGAAAAAAAUAAGUAAAAACAAAACAUGCUUCACCAGAACAAACCACACAACCACACAUAGACAUUUAACGAACACGUGGACUUGAGCAUAUGUAAACAAAGAAAAAAAAACUGACAGUCGAUCAAAGCAGGCAAGGUGAUCGCAGGGUGACAACGGUAUCUCUUAAGGAAAAAUUAUGUUUUGUUUUGGAAGUGCAAACAAGCAAAACCCAAAUCUGUAGGCUAAACUCACACACAAAAUAAACACACACACACUAUUUAAGACAAAAUGAAACAAAAAUAAAGUUUGGUAAAUGAAAACAAACACAAACACACACCCUAGCGCGAUUGUUGGAGCGGCGACGAAAGCGAACAUAUAAACUGUAGUAUUAAUUUUUAGAUUCUCUAACCUCAAAAAAGAAGGCAAAAAAAAUCAUCCAUAUUAUCAGAGUACAUGAAAAAAUUUAAGAAUAAAAAAGGCAAACAAAAAAUAUAAUUGGUAGCUGUAGGACUAAUUUUUGGCGUGUUUCUCCCAUACUAAAUUUAUCACAAAGCGCAGAAUACUAAAUAAUCUUAAACAUAAAAUGAAAACAUAUAUUAUAACAAAAAUUGAUGAAAAAAAAUUACACAAACACAAACAUAUGGAGAUCACCUUGUCACUUGCGGGAGCGAUCAGAUUAAGCAAAAACAAAGAGAUAAUUGAAACAAAAAGAGAAUCCCGGUUUCCUCGCUUCUGAAUCAUAACCAAAAUAAAAAAAGAAAGAAAAAUGAAGGAAAUAUGAUUGGGUUUUGAAAACAGAAGAAACAUUCUUACCUCAUACUGAUAACAAAAUAUUUAGGAUAAAACCGAUUUACCAGAGAAAUGAAAAAACAAGCAAGCCAUGAUUGGUCGAAAAAUGAAAACAAACAGCUGUCAAAAUCGACUCCGAUUUUGAUAAAAUUUUAGCUUUCUGUUUUUGGCAUAAGGUAAACAAAAACAUGGAAUAUCCCAAAUAUAUGGCGUGCACACCUCACAAAAUUACACCCUCGAAAAAAAAGGUAAACAAAUACUUGACAGAAGCAAAACAUUAAACACUGAAAAGAAAAGUAUGUAUUCAAACUUAAUUUUUGCGUUUAUUUGACGGCAAAAUGUAUUGGAUUGAUGUACCGGAAAAAAAAUCUUAUUUUGUUUAGAAAUGAUUAAAAAACACUAUCGAUAACGCAAACAUAAAUAUUUGGACAUAUUCUAAAACAAAGAAAAUCGAAAACCAAGGAGCAAGUUUUAGAUUUGAUUAUUAAUACUACUACUACUACUUCUACUACUACUACUAUUUAAUACUACUUCUACUACUACUACUAAAAAAGAAAUUCGUGAAUUCUACAACUUUUUUGUUUCUUUUAAAAACGUACAUUUCUUUAAAAUACUUUCGUUUAAUUUGAAAUAGCACUGUAAGCAUUUUUGAUGAUGAAAAGAAAAAAACUAAGAUGAAAUAAAACUAAAUUAUUAAAAGCUAGAUGCAAGAUGAUCGGAACUACUAAAAGCUAAAGCAAGCGUAAAUUUUAAGUUUAGGUAAACGUAAAUCAGUGACAUCCUGCACACACACACACGCGAUGAUAGUUUGACACGGAUAAUUUUCCUUUUCGAUUUCCCUUUUUUAACAAAAAAAAACACACACACAUUUUUUGCCACUCAUUCAUCAAUAGAGAGCGCUCCUUUUGACGGCCUUUCCUGGAGAGACACUCUAGUUCACAAAAAAAAUCAUCCCACAAAAAAAAACAAAACACAAAAACACAAACAAUAACAAACUGGCGGACCCGUUCUUUAUUUUUGUGUUUUGUCUCACGCACGCUCGUGUACGGUAUACAUAGGUUUAUCAAGAAAUGGAAAAUAUUAUUUUUUUCGCUUAAUUUAAGUAAUGUGUAAAACAUCCAAAAUCCCCCCCUAAGAAAUGAAAAUGAAACUAGCGCCACCACCAAAUAAGGAGACUGAACUACACCGUAAUGAAAAAAAGGUGGCGUACCUAUUCUUAUCCCGCAACUCCCCAGAAAAAAAAUCUCCGCAUCAUCAAAGCAGGCCGAAACAUUGGUCUGCUUUGACGUUUGCGUUCCUCCUCCCCACCAAACCCUUCACCCAGUUCCCAAAAAAUCAAACAUUCUUUCUUUUUGUUUUCGUUUUUUCUUCUACAAAUAAAAACAGUUUCAUUUUCCAACGCCUGCUACGGUACGCCGAGGAAGGUGAAAAAUGAAAACAAAAACGGUUUCUUUAAUUUUUCGUUUGGUUUGUCAUCGCUCGAAAAAAAACCAAAAACAGAAAAAUAACAAAAACUCAUCCAGAAGUAGAAGUUUUACAACAACAGAAACACACUAACGCGAACGCCGUUAAAAGUGUAAACGGAUGUAGUAGUUGAAGAGCAACAUCAAACACCACCACCUCCAAUACCAAGCCGAGAAAGAAAGAGUUCUUGAAAAUACUUUAGUUUGAACACUACACGUUAUGUUCUCAAGAAUGCCUGUAAUUAGUAAGAAUCAGUAAAUUAUAAUAUAUUUUUAUUUUUUCAUUGUUUAAUUAUUAAAGAAAAAGAGAGGAUAACUACAAUAGUACAGUAGGUAUGAGUUAGGAUAUAAUGCAAAUAUUGACAAGCCUGUGUGAUAAUAGUUUAUAUUCCUGUCAUUAUCUGUAUUUAUAUCUCCCUCAAGUAAAGAAGUAAAGAUAGAACUGUAAAAAUACGUUAAUUAAUGAAAACGAACCAAUAUUAAAACAUAAAGAUUAUAUUUUUAUAACUUUUUAUUCUUAUUUCUAUUGACCAUAAGCAAAACCCACAACUACAACAAGACAGUCGGCUUAUUUUCACCAUUUUUGUUUUAGUUUGACAGCACACACCCACAUGUACACAGUUACACUGACAUAAAUCAAAAAUAGCCAUAAACAUUUAUCCACAAUUUGCUAAACUCAGUUUGCUGUUUAUUUUAUUUUUUGUUUUUAUACCGCAAACAAUAGCCUCACCUGACGCAUAUUUACCGAAGUCUAUUAAUGCAAACUUUACUGUUAAACAAGUCAUAUUAUUAUUUUUUACACACCCCCACACACACUCAAACAGCAACAAUAACAAACAUCCGCAAACGAAAUAAACAAAAUAUUUAUAUACAUACACAAACACACACACCAAAACGCAAACAGCUAAACGCACCUCCCCCCUAUCCAAAAUCAAGCACCACUAAACGAACCCCAAGUCUUCGGAAAGAAGAGAGCCGGAAA